AUGACUACCGAUACGAAUCCUGCCCCGGAUGCGAGUCCUACCUCGGAUACGAGUCCUGUCCCAGAUACGACUCCUGCCCCGGAUGCGAGUCCUACCUCUGAUAAGAAUCCUCCUGCCCCAGAUACGAGACCUGCCCCGGAUGCGAGUCUUAUCCCAGAUACGAGUCCUGCCCCAGAUAUGAGUCCUACCCCGGAUACGAGUCCUGCCUUGAAUCCAUCGUUUGUUUUGAAGGGACCACGUAAAGGCGUCAUUGAAGAUGGCCCGAUACCUCUGAUUCGGUCUCAUACGGAUGUUAUUAUACGCAUACACUCUAGGGCGUUUUCUGCCCCUGAUGUGACUCUAUGGAGAAACGGCCCAAAGGACAUCAAUGGUAAGGGUCAUGUUCCAGGUUUACAUGCUUCUGGUGUUGUUACCAUGGUUGGACCAAGGUGUAAGACGUUGAAAGAAGGGGACCGGGUCGUCUUUUCGCCCUUGUGCCCUUGUCGAACCUGUGUUUUCUGCAAAUCGGGCGUACACAAUCUCUGCCCGCAGAGGACAGUACUUGGCAUUCCACCUGUAGAUGGCACGCUUCAAAAGUUUUGCGUCGUGCCUGAGGAUCUCUGCGUUGUUCUUCCUGAUCACCUAACGUUUGAGCAAGGAGCAAUUGUUGGGUCGUAUGCCAUUGCUUUUCACGUCUGCAGGCAAGCCAAUAUUAGGCCCGGCAAUAGCGUCAUUAUCUUUGGCGAGAAUAGUUGUGCAAAAUUCUGUGCUGCUGCGGCAAAAACCUUCGGCGCUACAAUGGUAGUGCUUAUCGGAAAGCAGAACUAUCCUAAUAUCAAGCCUACAGAUACCGCGAAAGAAAUUGCAAAAUCCGUGCUCAAGAGGUAUAAACUAAGUACGGGUUCCCACGUUGUGAUCGAAGCGUCUGGAUUCGAUAUCUUUAUGAACACGGGAAUCUACGUCCUCAGACCUAGAGGGACAUUUGUUCAGAUCUACUCCACUGCGUAUGGUUUCGAUAGGCCUACGGACUUUCCGGUGAGACAGGCCUGCAUGAAGGAAUUAGUUGUCAGGGGGGCUCGCGGGUGUCUUCCUGAAGAUUUUAUAACCUCGAUAGAAAUGCUCGCUAGCGGGGAGUUGAGCAUGAAAGAAGUCAAGAACGUAUAUGAGUUUGAGGACGCCCAGGUGGCCUUUGAGAAAGCUCAAAAAGAGAUUGAGGGCGACAAUGCAGCACGCCGCAUGGGAGACCCGAGUUUUUUCAUCAGCGGGCCUCGAGAUGAAUAA